AUGCCACCACGACCAUUUCCGCAGACUUUGAGUAUAGGCACCGAUAUCUGCCACUACCCACGCUUUCUAAAAUACUUUCCUUCAAGCCACCAAGUGACCCAGAUUACGGCAACCUCAUCUUCAACCCCUCUCUUCAAACUCUUCGACAAAACCUUUCUACCCUCUGAACAACGCGUCUUCUGGCGGAGAUUUCCCUCUCCUCCUCAACGCUCUAUCUCUAGCACUGGCACCGAAUCCAGGGUUUGGAACACUCAACAAGCAAACGAAGCAGCAAGAUACAUCGCCUCACGCUGGGCAGCUAAAGAAGCUGUUAUCAAGGCGUAUGCUGCAGAGAGAAGGUUAAUGCUGAGGGAUGUGGAGAUCAGGAAGGAUGCAAAGACGAAACAACCGUUUGGUGUUGUGAGGGAUGAGGGUGAGGGGAAGGGGUAUGAGGAUGCGAGAGAGGUGUUUGGAAAGUUGAGGAGGAGGUGGGAGCUGUCGAGGCAUACAGCGCGAAAGGAAGAUAUGCCUCAGCAAGAACCCACCACCCUCGAGCCAGAAACUGCUACUGCUCCCACUUCUUCAAUUCUAUCCAAAAACGGCAUCCUCGACCUCAACGCCGUCACAAAACUCCUAGACCAAGACCCAAAAACAACCACUUCAUCUGCACCACAAGAGGCACAGCAACACAACCAAACUCCAGACCAACAGCACGCUCCAACCGAACCCCAAACCAGACAAUCUCAACUAGAAGAAGAGAUGAAACGCCUCCGCAAACAAGAACAAGCAGAAGACGCUUUCAACAAUCUCCAAGGCCAGAUUGUAAAAUUGAGCAUCUCGCAUGAUGGAGAGUAUUGUGUUGCUACUGCUUUGGCUGCUGUGUAA